ACAUCAUCGAUCUGAUUCAGGAGCGAGCCAAAAACGUGCAACGGUACCAGUAGUUGAUGCGGUCCGAAUCCGCAGACUUCCUAACGCGGUGAGAGUUGAAGAAGUUGGCAAUGGAAAACUCUUCUUCACAAAUGAUCUUUUAAGAGUAAGGGAAAAGAAAAAUUUCCCAUCUUUGAAAUUUGAUUCAGUAAUAGCAUUGAAUUACAGGAAGCUUCCACGUUUGUGGGCAUGUUCAAGUACCCAAAAUAGAACAAUUACUUCGUUAAGAUCACGAUCAGAUCACGUGGGUUGAUUCCUGUUUACUGUGACAAUAAGUUUUGGUUUUUGCUUCUCUUCGUCUUGGUUUAGACUUUUGUUAACUUCGAGUCUAAGCAAACUGCCUAGAAUUUUGCUGAACUUAAUCUUCUUUAUUUGACCACUGUUGUCUUAGAUAUCAGAAAACCCAGGCGGCAAAUCUCUCAAACCAAGUAAUUUUACAAACCCUUUUGAUUUGGCGAUUGGUUGCUCUUACUUCUUGUCCCAAAUUGUAGUUUUGGGAAGGUUCAAAGAUGGGUUUGGGUAUCUCCUGCUUGAUAGGUUUGAAGGCUGCUGUUCUGUUCUCAUCUUUUGUGUACCUUAGGAACUUUGGUUUCAAACUGUUAUCAAUACCAUUCCUGUAUGCAUCGUUGGUAUCUGUUUUAAUCUCCAUUGCAUCUCUACCGGCUGUGAAUCUGCCCAUUCUUUUGGCCAAGAGCACAGAUGGAAGCUUUCCCUUGUGGGCAAUGGUUAUCUUCAGUCCAUAUUUGUAUUUUGUUCGGGGUUUCUCAGCAGUGCGGAGAUUAUUCAGUGGGGAAGCUCCUUACUCUGAGAUUUGUGAUGGUUUGUAUGUUGGUGGGUGGCCUUCUUCACCUGACAAACUGCCACCUGGUAACCCUGCCAUUAUUGACUGCACUUGUGAAUUGCCAAGAAUGUUAGAAUUCUCUGGCCAUGCUUAUUUGUGUGUCCCAACAUGGGAUACAAGAUCCCCUCAGCCAGCGGCCAUCGAAACAGCUGUGAAAUGGGCUUGUCGAAAGAGGGAACUGCAAAGGCCAGUGUUCGUCCACUGUGCAUAUGGACAUGGAAGAAGUGUUGCUGUCAUGUGCGCCUUAUUAGUGGCCCUUGGUGUGGUUGAAGAUUGGAAAAGUGCCGAAAAACUAAUCAAAGAAAAACGUCCUUACAUUCGCAUGAAUGCCCUCCACUGUCAGUCUCUUGAAGAGUGGUCGAAAGACCGGUUGUCUCCUCCAAGGAGGACCGGAUAGAACCUGCACAGCUUAUGUAUCUCUUUGUGCUUGCUGAAAAGUUAGCUUGAUGACAUUUUCAUGGGGAUUAUAGUUAAAGUGGCUUUCUUUGUCCACAUUCACACUACAUAUUCUUGGAAUGAUGUAUACUUCUGUUGUAUUUUGUAUCUAAUGAUGUACGAUUGUAUACUUGGAACACUUGGAUAGUUGGAGUCUGUUUUCCACAUCCAAGUAUUUGGUAAAGAUAACACCAUUUUGCUUCUCAUUUUUUAA